AUGGAGUUCCAUUCACUGAAGUUGAAGUUCGGAUUUUUGUGUACAAUUCUUGUAGCAAUGGGUUGCAUUCUGGAGGGAGGCUGUGCUUUAAGAGUUGGUUGGCACGCAGGGAUGCCAGUAGCGAUUCUCGGGAAGAAUUUUGAGAGAUCUGGAGUUACUAAUUCAUUUGUUUCAAGUCUAAGUAAAGCUUCGUACGAGGCAUACAACUAUACCCAAGUUCUGAACCAUUUUGGAUACACGCCAGAGAGCUAUCAAACCUUUCCGCAAAGAUAUUUCAUAGACAAGUCCAACUGGGGCGGUGCUCAAAGUAAUUCUCCCAUAUUUGUAUGGUUGGGUUCAGCAGUUGACAUCACACACGACUUGGACACGGGCAUCUUUAUAGAUCAGGCUCCUAACUUCAAAGCUCUUGUGGUGUACAUAGAGCACCGUUAUUACGGGACGUCAAUGCCAUUCGGGGGAAAGGAGGCGGCGUAUGCAAAUGCGAGCACGAAGUGUUAUUUCACAUCCACGCAGGCCUUGGCCGAUUAUGCGGCCAUCAUUGUGGAUUUGAAGAAAACAUUAAAGGCGGAGAACUGUCCAGUCGUCGUGUUUGGUGAAACCUAUGGUGGAAUGCUAGCUGCAUGGUUUCGCCUCAAGUAUCCGCACCUAACAACCGGCGCCCUCGCAUCAUCUGCACCUAUCCUUCACCUCGAUGACACCGCUCCCACUACUAGUUCUGCCAGCGUUGUCACCAAAGAUUUCAGAGAUGUAAGCGACGUGUGCUACAGAAGAAUUAAUGAAUCGUGGGACAUGAUCGACAAAAUUGCAUCUACCUCUCAAGGAUUGCUAAGCCUAAGCAGACUAUUUAACUCUUGCGAAAUUGUUACGGAUACAGGCGCCUUGGACGACAUGCUUGAAUUUAUGUACAUCCACGCAGCAGGGUACGAUAUCUGUAACGUUAUCAAUAGCCUACCCGAAGGAGCAGACACUGUUAACAGAAUAGCUACUGCAGCAAAUUACAUGAACGAAGGCCAGUGCUUGGAUUUGAGUCCCGCGAAUCUCACUUAUUCAGGAUGGAAUUGGCAGUUUUGCACUGAAAUGGUGUUUCCAAUAAGCGAUCCUCCUGGCACGAUGUUUCGGCCCUAUCGCUAUGAUUUCAACUCCCAAUCCACGGAAUGCUACAAUGUUCACGGCGUCCUCCCAUGCCAACACUGGGGAACAACUGAAUUCGGAGGACACGAGAUUACAAGUGCGUUGAAGGACUUUGGAAGCAACAUCGUUUUUUCAAAUGGGUUAAGAGAUUCGUCAAGUAGUGCAGGCUAUUACUGUGAAAUAAAUGCAGCUGUAGCUGCACAGUGUAGGAUAGAUCUGCAAGAAGAAAAAAGAAAAACAGAGUUUGCAGGAAAAAAAAGUACAGAGCAUAAAAACUGUGUUAUUGAUAUUAACUGUUGCAAUACUUUUGUCUGCAUCGUUACUGUGAGUUCUGUGUUUGUUAUUGACCAUUUGGGUGUAAUGAGAAGUCUCUAUUCAAGCAUAAACAGGCAACUCCUUAAGCAGAAACCGCCGGCUCCUGUCACUACAAGCAGCCAGCUAGUUAAGCACGAUGAAGAGGAGCUGUUACGGCUCUUAAUUUGCUAUAUAUAUUCGUUUAAGUUGCUUAAACCCAAAACAUGUUUGCAAUUGAAACUUGCUACGAAAUGGAGUUCCAUUCACUGA